AACGCCUUGCAGGGCAUUGGGAGGGAGAAACAAAGGAAGGCCAAGGGGCUGAAAAGUGCCCUUUGUUAAUUCUGGAAGGACUGAAAUCUGUCUCGGAAUGUGCUGCCACCUCAGAACCAGAGGGACUGUUUCUAGAUUUGUUGUUUUUAUGGGUGCGAUUGGAGAGGGAGGGGGGAGCCCCACGGCCCACAGAGGCUGAGAAGGCUCUGGAGCUAGCCGAGCUGAGCACACACAGCUCAGGUGGCUGUGAACUUUCUGGACACUGCUGAGAGGAUGGCCUUCCCAGAGCACACCCCGCUAACCCCCCACCACCGGGAUCUCUGCACCCGUUCCAUCUGGCUGGCAAGAAAAAUCCGGUCCGAUUUGACUUCCCUCCUAGAGUCCUAUGUUGAAUAUCAGGGCCUGAACAAGGACGUCGACCUGGAUUCUAUGGACGGCGUGCCCACGGCCAGCACUGACCGAUGGAGUGAGCUGACAGAAGCCGAAAGGCUACAAGCAAACCUCCACGCUUAUCGUACCUUCCACGUGCUCCUCACCGAGGUCCUGGAGGACCAGAGGGCACAGUUUACCCCCACAGAAAGAGAUUUCCACCAGAACAUCCACAGGGUCCUGCUCCAAGUGGCUGCCUUUGCUUACGAGAUGGAGGAGCUAAUGGCCCUGCUGGGCCAUCAGGCCCCAUCUCAAGAGACCGACAGCGUGCCGGUGGAUGGCAGCCACCGGACCUUCUUGGAAAAGAAGUUAUGGGGUCUGAAGGUACUGCAGGAGCUCAUGCAGUGGACGGUCAGGUCCAUCCACGACCUCCGUCUCAUCUCGUCUCCCAGCCAGAGCAGGGUCUCAGGCCGUGGGGGCCAGCAGCUUGCCAAGGCCCAGCCAAUGUAGCGUCCUCCUUUCCUUAUCUCAACCAUCUGCCCACGUGGCUUCGGCACUGCAAUUCUCAUCUUUCUCAUGCUCUUGACAACCUUUAUUUAUUUAAGAUGAGCUAGAGACACUUGGAAGAUGUCAUUGAAGAGUGAGUUCCAUCUGCCUUUUAGAACCAUAAGCUAAACUUGGUUCAGUGAGUGACCCCAACUCUGUGAUCUUUCACACACAGUUUCUUUACCACUUAGAAAAUUAUCAGUUCACAGAGAUCUCCAGAAAAGCCAGAGAUCAAGAUCACCAAUAGUGACCCUUUCGCUUACCAAGUUUCCUCUUAUUUCUUGUUCAUGUAAGACAGGAGGAGACGCGGAUUAUGAAUGUAUAAUGACAUAUCUUGGGUCGAUCAAGAGGGUGCAGGUGAUUGGCAGCUUCUCAGCCUCAUGUCAGCACUUUCAACCUGUUGAUAAAGUAUAAGGACCUUGAGAUCUGGAGCAUCAAAGAACCUUGCUAUAACCUAGACCAAAGAUCAACUCGUCCUUGCUAGAAAACAAAGGGAAAAGCUAUAUAUGCUGUUUGGCCUCCUUCAGGAAAGGACUUCCAAGUUAUCUGACUCUGUCCCUUGGAGUGAUGGAAUAACACAUUUCUAAUUUCUUAAUAAAAUAUCUCUUGCUAACAGUUAUUUAAUGCUCAGUUAAGCACAUACUACCUAAACUGACCUUUUGGAGGUGACUGAAAAUACUUAUAGACAAUAUAAUUGAGGUAUUUUACUAUGUUAAUAGAUGAUGUGAUAUUCAGAUAGAAAAGCUUAUGGAAUUUAUGGACUGGCUCACAAGAAGACUUUCUCUUUUAUAAGGUGGGAAUGCCCGAGGACGUGAUGCUGAAACAUUAAAACUCCAAUUGAUGAAUUAAAUAAGGGCAUAUUUGGAAGGGAAGAUAAAUCUUACCAGAUUGAAAAAUUCUGACCUGUGGAUUGGGAAAAAUGAAUAUCACUGUUCCCAUUCAAUAUAUGAAGUGCUAUAAGCCCCCAAAUUCUGUUACCCCCAGAAUGUGAGUACUAAUAACUAAAAAUGAACUGUCCUUUGUAGCCCACUUCCCCCCAAAUUGAAUAUUUUCUUUAGCGUAGGAGGAUCCCUUCCUUCUUUGGCCCAACAAGGGCCUGUGAAGACUAUUUGUAAAAAUAACAUGAUAUUACUGAAAACAGGCUUUGGGUGAAUAGAAAUACUAGCAAACAAAAUAAAAUGUGUCUUCUGGGUUCCAGUGCAGAGAAGUCUAGUAAACAUUUUAGAGUGAUUUUGUAGUGAUUGAUUUUCUCCCUGCUCCUUUCCUCCUCCCUUCACCCUCAUCACCUUCUGAGGGUAGCUGAGCAUGAUGAGAGUAGAGCCAAAAGUAAUAGAUCAUUUUGAAGUGAUUAAGAAAAAUGGAAUGGUUUGUUGGUCUUUGGAAAAAUAAGCAAGUGAGAUGGUGAGUGUCUUGUGAGUUUGAAAAGGACAGAAAUGGUAAAUUUUGGAUAUUAACUUCCCUUGGAAAACGUAAAGGGUUCUACUGGAUUUCUUGUGUAUUGGAGAAUUGAGAUAAAAGUUUCUCAUAUGCAUAGAGAAUAUUCUAAAAGUGGAAUAGUUUCAGGCCCUCCUGUAACAAAGUUGAAUGGUUGACCAUCCUUAAGCAUUUGGAACAACUGAUGACUAUAGCUAAGCCCCUAUCCCUGCUCUGAUUUUUGUUGGGAAACAUGAGACCUGAAAGACUCCACUUAAUAAUUUAUUUUUUUCAAUGUAUUUGUUAUGUAAUGUGUUCAGUUUCACCUGUUGUUUUUCUUUGCUGUGUAGAAAAUGAAAGGUGAUGGCAAUUGCUAAUAAAUAAGAAAUGUCACCCUACAGAA